CCACCCUAUCUGACGGCUGGCUCCUGCCCAUCCGCCUUGACUCCCUCCUUCCUGAUCAGCAUUUUGUUUCCCCCUCCUUUUCCUCUCAUCCUCUUUCUGCCUUUGUCUCCUCUCCCCGUUUCUCACCUGCACAAAGACGCUGCAGCCGACCAGACCAGACGGCACGCGAGCGCUGCUUCUGCAUCGUGGGCCGCCGAGACCCAUCGGAAUUCCCAUCCAUGCCAUCCCACCUCUGACGGCUUGAGACCCCCACAAAGACACGACACAGCUGCAUGCCUACCCGACUCGGUGCUGGCGCAUGCGUGCCCAGCUAAAAACGACCUUGGCUGCCUUUGCUUAGGCCAUCACAGGACACAACACAGCGCCGCACACCGCCCGCCCAAUCUGAUCGUCCGUUGAUGCCUCACCAGUGAUUGAUCCUUGGCUGCGCGUUACUGUGCGCCGUGCGCCAAAAACUAGGGUCCCGCCUAGUCAGGCGCGAAAUCACCUGUUUCCUGUCGGUCGGUCCCUGGAUCGCCUGCCCCCUGGCACCCUGCAUCGCCUCAACAAGUCCACCAUGCCCCUGCACGUGACCCGCGCAACAAGGGUCCGCUGCCCUUCUCCUUGUCCAGGACAAAAUGUUGUCUCCGAGGGGCCUCCUUCUUUUUGCCAAAGCCAACAAGCCCACCACCACCCGGCCGCAGAAGACCGCCGACGACAGCACCGCUGCCACCAUCACCACUACCGCCACAAACCCCACAAACACCCGCGCCAGCUCGGCCCAGCCGCAGCAGCAGCCGCCACAGGUCCAGCAACAUCCGCACCAGCAGAGCCCCUUCGCCCCGUCUCUCGCCGGAUCCCGCCCCUGGGACUCCUCGCCAGCGACCCCGAAGGAUGAAUCCGACUGCACUGACCGUAACACCAGCGGCUGUGGCAGUAAAAUCACCACUGCCACUACUAUCCCCACGUCGCCUGCCGACUCUACAACCUCUCACCACACAAUGACUGUGAGGCCUCGCCCGAGGCUCGGCCCCGGCGCCGGGUCUGUCGUUGUCUCGACUCCCGCAGCCGUCAGUCCCUUGACGAGCCACUGCUCAAGCCCUCCACAGAGCACCACGAGCCCCGUCUGCAUUCCCUCGACCCGCCACCAGCAGCGCGAAGCGAAGAAGCGCUACAACCACCACCAGCAUCAGCACCAACCCGCCGCCCGCCGCGACAACCACAGCCCCGACGUUAUCCCGCCUUCGGUUGCCGCCCUCCUAGCCGUCACGAGCAUCCCUCGCUCCAGGCUCCAGAGGUCCUCGGGCCUGGCUGUGGGAGUCGCCCGCCAACGCGUGCCUCAUGAUGACUCGAUGACCGUUGGUGCCAUCAUGCAGCGCGCGCAGAGGGCCGAGAAAGAGAUCAGCUUGAGCCUAUCGGGCGAUCCUAUGGGCCUCCUGCUCGGCACCUCGGACAAGGGCCAGGACUCGGACUCUGCCCCUUUCGCCACCGACUUCGACGACGACGCCUCGUCGGUUGCUGGGAGCACCCACAGCACCAACCUGUCUGGCCACACCGUUUCGGUCGAAUCCUUCCUAUCACUCGGCGACUCGUUUGCCUCCCUCAGCAGCCAGUCCCAAAUCGCCUCCCCACGCACUCCCGCCACACCCCCAUCGCCUUAUACACCAUCGUGCCGCUCCACCUCGUCUCGCCGGAGGAGCUCUCAUGGCCCGUUGCGUCGCCGGCUCGAGCCGGUCUCGCCGCCCUCCGGGAGUGCCGCCUCCGACGACCACCCUCUAGCCGCAAAGUGCCCCGCCGUGUCAGUCGCCCCUGUUGACGAACUCGAUUUCCGCGUCUUCGGCUCCUCGCCCGCUCCCUCGGGCGAGUGGCGAGGCUUCGACAUGGCCUUGCCCUUGCAACCGCUCAAGUCGGCUUUCAAGAGCAACCUCACAGCUUCUCUCCGGGCGCUGAAAAACGCGGCCCGCUCCAUCUCGACACUUGGGCAGGCCUCAAUCCCGCCCGAGGACUUCCUGACUCGGUCGAUACUGACUAUCGACCCGCGUGUACCCUUCACCGACGAGCGCAGGCCGCCACAGCUCGACGAAGAGCCCAGCGCUGCCCUCCGCCGAUACCUCAACCCGAUCACAAGUGCACGUAUAGAGUCGCGCCCGCCCUCAGCACCCCCCGCUGCCCGCUCGUCCUUCACCGCAUCGAUCCAGAUGCAGACCUACAAAGUACGACGCGUUCGGCCCAGUGCUGAUACAGCUUCGCCGGCCGGAAUUCCUCACCCCAGCCCGCAACUUGGCCAGCCUCCUGUGCAAGAUUCGACCGAGGGAGCCGCGGGCCCGGAGGCCCCGACCGAUGCCGUACCACCUGGCUCAUCGGACUCUGCCUCGGCCGCCCCAACAGCCCCGUUGGCCAUUCCGGGCCGCCAACGUGAGAUGCGCGAAAACUCGGACUUCAUCCGCAUUGCCGUCAUGGAGAUGGCCAUGCGAAAGAGGGGGAAGCUGGAUGACCAGCGGCCUGGUCGGGCACGAUGGGCGCUGCCUGCGCGAAGGACCAGCACCACACCAUACCAAGUUGGACCGGAUGGUGUUCCCGUCAGAUGGGUUGCCAUUGCUGCUAUGUGACGGGUCGGGAUAAAUCUGCAUAUCAUGCCACACGGCAUCUUGCAUUGUUUUUUGCCAUCUUCUUUCUCUUUCUCUUAUCGUUAUCGGUGUCAAACAGCAUUUAUCAGCAUUUUGGAUUUUGUUUUCUAGGGUUUGUGUAUUUGCGUCAUGUUAGCGGAAUGGCGAACUGGGAACCCAAUAUCAUGCUCUGCAGCAGAUGUCCUUGAGAUUUGGCGUUUUACUACUUUUUUUUCUGUCUCCUGGGCUCGCCUCACGCCUGCUAGAAUUGUAAUUGCAUUUUCUUGGAAAAGUCUUGUGGCCGCUCAUCUACCCCAUAUCUGCCGUACAUGCCCAGAAGUACCGGUCUUGCCGGCCUUUAGGGUCUAGCUGGACUAGCCAUCACUCCACAAGUGCAUGGGGGCUGGGUUGGGGUCGACAAGAUUUUUUUCUUUUUCUUUUAUGGGUUCAGGUGGCACCCGGAUGGACCCGAUAUCCCUGCUCUAUCCCUGCUCUGAUGCGCACCGAGGAAAAGAAGAGAAGAAAAAAGACAGGAAGAAGGAUCAACCGAUAUCGGCCCUGCCGUUAUGUGUGCGUCAUGCUUUAGCUUGAUUGCGAUGUGGCCGGGCCGCUCCGUCUUACGACACGCCAUGGCCAGCACACAUGCGUCCGGCACCCAUGCGUGACCGAGUUGGCUUGCACCGACCGACCUGGGGUUGGCGUGGAUCUUAGGAACCUGAGACAGUAUCGGGACUAAGCCGAGUCACAGACGGGUUUGCUUCCCUCCCCAGACCUCGGCUUGGGCAGGCCGAGCCGGCCGAGUUGGAAUAAAAAAAAAGGGGG